AAGGGGAGGAGAUUCUUCAGGGAUUGGAAGGUGAAAUGCCACGUGCUCGUCUACAGUUGCAAGCCCACAUCACAUUGCUUAUUAACCCACUUCAUUUUUUAAUACUACUACUGCAGCGCCACGAGAUAUAAACAGGAGUGUCACAUUACUUUAUAAAGGGCUCUUUGGAAGUAGAGAGAACCAUGGAAACUCUGAAGGGCAUUGAUAUCGACGCCCCACGCUGGGAUCAAUCCACGUUCAUGGGCCGUCUCAAACACUUUUUCAACAUCACUGACUGUCGCACUGUUCUGCUGCCUGACUCCAGACUAGAUGAAGCCAAAGCUUUAGUGGAGAGCUGCAGAGCUGGCUCUGUUCCUCCUGGCACUACAGAGGAGCAGCUACACUAUGCCAAGAAGCUGUAUGACUCUGCAUUUCAUCCUGACACAGGUGACAGGAUGAACCUGAUAGGGAGAAUGUCAUUUCAGGUGCCUGGGGGUAUGGCCAUCACGGGGUUCAUGCUUCAGUUUUACAGGACAGUUCCUGCUGUAGUGUUCUGGCAGUGGGUUAACCAGUCUUUCAAUGCUCUGGUCAACUACACCAAUCGCAAUGCUGCCUCCCCCAUCACACCAAAGCAGAUUGGAGUAGCUUAUGUGACUGCAACAAGCACAGCGCUGGCCACUGCGGUCGGGCUGAACCUCUACACAAAGAAAGCUCCUCCACUGGUGGCACGCUGGGUGCCGUUCGCUGCUGUGGCCGCGGCUAACUGUGUGAAUAUUCCAAUGAUGAGACAACAGGAGAUUUUGAAUGGCAUUGCUGUGACAGAUGAAGAUGGAAAUCAUCUGGGCCACUCAAGGAAAGCAGCUGUCAAGGGCAUCACACAUGUGGUCAUCUCUCGCGUUACCAUGGCAGCGCCAGGCAUGAUCAUACUCCCCAUUAUUAUGCAGAGGCUUGAAAAACACAGAUUCAUGCAGAAAAUCACAUUUCUUCAUGGGCCACUGCAAGUCAUGAUGGUUGGCGUAUUUCUGAUCUUCAUGGUGCCUGCUGCAUGUUCACUGUUUCCUCAGAGAUGUUCUAUGGCUGUAUCCAAACUGGAACCUGAGCUCAGGGAGUCCAUCAUUUCUCAGUAUGGGGACCGUGUCAGUUAUGUCUACUUCAACAAGGGACUCUUUCUUGGACAAAGAGAUGACACAACCUGUACAUCUGGCUAUGACACACAACAUCUGUACAUCUGGCUAAUUUGACUGGCUUCUACUAACCCUGCUGGAAAGACCAGCUUAAAACAUAUGAAGUGGCUGUUUUACAGAAAUGUCUAGCAUUUCCUGUGAGAUAGAAACCAAACAAAUCGUCUGGCAGCUUUCAAAAGCUUUCAUCCUUACGUCAAUCUGACGUAAACGGCAGCCUUCUGUGUGUGCGAUCCAAAAGAUGAGGUGAACAGACAUCACUGAAAACGAAUCAUGUGAUGCACAAGGUGUUUGCAAUGAGCAUAUCAUGCCUGUGGGAGGUUGAAGAUUUCCUGGAACUGACUUGCAUAUUUAAGUAUUUUUAGAACUUUCCAGCUAACAAUCUGUUCUUGAUAACUGCUUUUCUCUUUCUUUAUAACCAAGAGAAACCAAGUGCUUGGCUUGGACCUGCAAACAAUGCUCAAACGUGGUUUCACCUUCAGCAGACUCGAAGAAAAGCAGUGUGAGUUCUUCUCCGGUGUUUAUUGCUACUGUCUGGGGCUAUUAAAUGUGGCAAUGAGCUCUGUCAUGUGUCACUGAGCCGGUGAAAAUAACAGUUUCCAGAGGAGAUCUUUAUACAGUGAAACAGGUGGAACUGAUUGCUUUGAUUAUGACAUCAAAGCAGCAGUUUUCUAGUUAGGUAUGUUUGAAUUGAAUAACCAAAAUAAGCCUGUUUUCUUGGGACACAUCAUUGAAUUAGGUCACACAAACAUUGUAUGUUUAUAAUAGUAAAGCAACAAAUGGUACACUGGAAAUACUGCUUGGAAUUUUUACAUCAAAAGAGUGUAAAAAUGCUCACUCUUAAAAAUAAAGGUUGUUUAUUUGCAUCUAUGAAGAAACUUGAACA